CCAAUUUAGAAUUGUUCAGAGUUGGGUGGGGUCAGUCCGAGACUGAGGAGCUAGAGGCGUGGCCUAGAGGGAAUAGGGCAGAACAAUCAAGGGUGGUGGUGCUGCCCAGAAGGCUGAAGGAUGGCGGCCCUCGCCCGCCUGCUGGAAUGUCUCCUCUGGCCAGCUCGCAAGCAAGAGUGGGUGGAGGAGGCAGAGGAGAGGCGCAGCUCUGCCGACGGGCCUCAGUCCCUCCUGGACGCACCGCGAUGCGCCCAGCGGCCGCACGGGGGUGCGGCGGCGUCUUGGGGCUUGCGCUUCGGGGCGAGCGCAGUGCAAGGGUGGCGCGCACACAUGGAGGACGCGCAUUGCGCUUGGCUUGAGCUACCCGGGCUGGGCCCGGGCUGGGCUUUCUUCGCGGUCCUCGACGGCCACGGUGGGACGAGAGCCGCCCUCUUCGGUGCGCGCCACCUGCCGGGCUACGUGCUCGAGGCGCUGGGCCCAGCGCCCGGCGAGCCCCAGGGCGUGUGCGAAGCACUGCGCCGAGCCUUUCUGAGCGCAGACGCACGCCUGCGCGCUCUCUGGCCCCGCGGCGAGCCGGGAGGCUCCACCGCCUUGGCGUUGCUGGUUUCCCCGCACUUUCUGUACCUGGCGCACUGCGGUGACUCCCGCGCGGUGCUGAGUCGCGCCGGCGCCGUGGCCUUCACCACCGAAGACCAUCGGCCCCUCCGUCCCCGGGAACGCGAGCGCAUCCAUGACGCGGGCGGCACCAUCAGCCGCCGGCGCCUCGAGGGCUCUCUGGCAGUGUCCCGAGCACUGGGAGACUUUGCCUACAAAGAGGCUCCGGGACGGCCCCCUGAACUGCAGCUCGUUUCCGCGGAGCCUGAAGUGACCGCCCUGGCACGCCGAGCAGAGGACGAAUUCAUGCUCCUGGCCUCUGAUGGCGUGUGGGACGCGAUGUCUGGCUCUGCCCUGGCGGGACUGGUGGCAUCUCGCCUCUGCUUGGGCUUGGCCCCAGAGCUUCUCUGCGCGCAGCUGUUGGAUACGUGUCUUUGCAAGGGAAGCCUGGACAACAUGACCUGCAUCCUGGUCUGCUUCCCGGGGGCCCCCAGGCCUUGUGAGGAGGCCAUCAGGAAGGAGCUAGUGCUGGACGCAGCCCUGGGACGCAGGGUUGCAGAGCUGUGUGCCUUUGGCCAGGAGCCCCCCAGCUUGAACACAGUUUUCAGGACUCUGGCCUCUGAGGACAUCCCGGAUUUACCUCCUGGGGGAGGGCUCCACUGCAAGGCCACAGUCAUCGCUGACGCUUACUCUCAGUUCUGCCAGGCCUCAGGAGAGCGCUGGAUGAUGGGGCAGAAUGGGGCUGAGAAGCCCACUGGCACCCAUUCAAGCUCUGCCUUGGACUUGGAGGCCUGACAGCUGUCAUCCUUUAGGGACCCUCUGCCCAGCUGGGGCCUCAAUGGAAUUAAGGAAGAAAACUCCCCUUCCCCAGCUAUGCAGACUAGCG